GGUCAUGUGAUGCUCCACGUGGCUCUCGCCGCCAAGAGGAAAAAGAUUUCCCAGACUGCAACAUGAAACGCGCUCUCUCGAAAGAUGGCGGAGAACUAAGCUGUCUCACAAUGCUAAGAGAUAAACGCUAUGCGACUAGAAGUAUCCAGUCUGAAAUGCCUGGGACCUCUUCGGAUAAUGUCAACUGUGCCUCCCUGGAUUCGGGCCAGGCAGAAGCAACCAGCCAACUACCUCCGUCACAGUUUUUAACACACAAUAUAAUCGGGAAUUCUCUUGGCAACGAGCAGUUUAAGGAGCUGUCGAAUGCAAACAAGUCACCAUCAGAUGUAUUAUUCAACGACGAGAACAAUGGACGACACAACAUACAAAUGAGGAAAUUUGACUGCUAUAAUCACACCUUAGAGAAUGGUGAAAUGGUAUUGUUGCCUCAGACAAAUCUACACCAAAGUUACCAGCAGCAACAGCAACCUCAAGAUAACACUGUCUUACUCUCAGGAACUCCUAAUAAUCAAGAACUUCUAAAGGAUUAUUUUCACGAUAGCCUGCCCGGCAGUUGCUGCUGCUCACACGUCUAUUCUCAGAAAAAUCCCUCAUUUGGUAACACUACUCCAAGACGUCCAGACUUCUGCGAGGCCAUAAUGAAAUCAAGUUGUAGUGGUACUAUUUCUACUAGUAUUACUAGUAGUAGUAGUAGUAUUAUUAGUAAUAGUAGCAGUGGUGGCAAUAUUAGUAAUUCAAUGUCUAAUCAUGUACUGCAAAUGGAUUCUAAUUCAAAGAGUACCAACGAAUUUCUCAGUCUAGCACCAAACAGUAUAAGUUCUCUGGAGGCUUGCGGCGGCAUGUACUGCGAUUGCCCAAUGAGUGCUUGCCAAGACAUCUAUUGUGAUGGUUCGAUAUGCAGUUGUCAGAACAUAAAUUGUGAUAGUUCCAUGAGUUCGUGCCAGGAUGUUCAUUUUAGUAGUCCGAUGAAUAUUUGUUGUCGUGAAGUUUCUUGCAGCAGCUUUGCACCUCCAAACCUAAAGUGUCAAGGACAAAUGAUGCUUCCUAAAUCGAAUGCUUACGAAAGGAAUUCCUACAAGAGCAAUCAACCCUUGUCUAAUGUUAAUUCUAGCAAGGCCCAGGCCAAUAGGUUCUGGGAUAAAAGACCAUCUUUACAAGCUCAAAAAGUCCCAAAUACCUUUAUAUAUGAUUUAUCAUACAACAACGUAAGCGAACAAAUGGAUAAAUGUUUGGCUGUUAAAAGUGAGGACAAUGAAAAUCUAAUUUACCCUGACAAAAACCAAAUUUGGCAAUACACGACAUGCCACCAGACUUUCCCAUCAAUUAAACAUCAAAACAAAAGCCCAAACUGCUGCUCUUUCCAAAACUCCCCGAAUUCCAUGAUUAAGGUAGAAAAACCAAAACUGUGGAAUUGUGCUCACCAACCCCUCUCUGAGAAUUUUGUCUACCAAGAACAACUUUGUAAAGCUUGUAACCCAGCUAUGGAACCCCAAGAAAUAAGCGGUUCCAUGCCAGCUGUUAACUAUUUACACACAAAUAUGAAAUCAAGAAGGCCCGUGAAUAACGUGAUUUGCAAGAGUUCACCCGAUUUAGUCCCAUCUCAAAAAUACAUGCACAACGGUCAACUUUUUUUCAAUUCUGCUACCACCACUACUUCUACUGGUACUAUUACCACCACUUCUACCAUCACAAUGACAGCAACCACAUACAUCACUGCUAUCACCACCACCACCGCUGCUGCCUCCAAUAAUUCCUUCUCACCUCAUUGCUGUUCCUCCUGUUCUGUUCAACCUCUUAACUAUAAAUUAUUUCCACCUAAAACUUCAGAAUGUUCGACGACUGAAGCAGCUGAAAGCAAAAUCUCAUUACAAUACGACCAACAUUCUGUGAUAAGCUUCAUGUCUUCAGACUCCGAGAGUGAUAACAUGACUUGGUCAGCGAGUGAAGGGAAAGAGGAGUUGAACAAAUCAAGCAGUUCAGGUCGCAGCCUCCCAAGUCCACCUGUCUUCAAGAAUGUUUCAGAGGCAUUACAUCGAUUACCUGAAAGUCCUAAGGUGCCUUUGGUGUGCAUGGAAGAUGUCAUUGUUAUAGACUCCUCUCCUGGAAGUGAUAGUUCUUCAAUUGACACCCCAAACAAUUCAAAUACAUCAAAUAGUUCUGCCAAACCUCCAACUCCACAGCAGCAGUCUUUUAGGGCAAAGACAAAUACGAACCCGAAAUCAGUUAAAAAAUUAUGUUUUGAUGAAGAAAAAUGCGAAAGCCAGUUUUCUAAGAAUUCUAAAGAGAGUUCUAAAAAUCACAGAUCUCAAGAAGUAACAAAAGAAAAUCCAGCAAAUUCUGCAAGCAAAACGUCAGCAUCACGCUCAAAUCAGAAAAAUUCCAUUGUAAAUAAUAAACCCAAUCCAGUCUUUUCAAGGAGUAACAGAAUUCGUUCACCGAGCAUCCGUUACAAGGAUGAUGUCUUGUCUUUUCCUUUAGUCUUUCCUAGUCGUUCGAGUCAGUCAGCUUCUAAUAGAGUGAGUGAAAUUGUACAGAAGUCCAGAGUUCCCAAUCGACGACGCCAACCAGAUUUGGUAAAAGUUGAAGAGAAAUCGUCUGAGAAAGCAGAUGAAACAGUAACUUCCAAAAAUUUAAAACGUCAAGCAAAAUGCACUCCAGAUGCUAAAUCUACCAGUUUACCUUUAGAUCGGAGGAAAAUGCUGCGGUCUUCAAAUAAAGUAGAGGAUAAGUCUCCAGUUAAAUUGGAAAAAGAUAUCAAAACAGAUGAUAAAAAUUCUGUACAAAAUUCUGUACAAAGCAAGGAAGUAGUUUUGAAACAGGAGCAGGAAGAUCAAGUGGAAUUUAAACAACCUGAAAAUUUGUUAAAUAAGAUCUCACCAUCUCUUCAAAACGAAGAUGGAUCUGAUAAGUGUCACCAAACAGUAGAAUCUCCACCUGAGGUUGCGGUGCAAUCACACAAAGUCACCAAACCGUGUAGUUUUGAAGACAGAGGAAAGAAACUUCACACAGCCACUGCAUCAGCUUGCCAUACUAAGACGGAUAGAAAGCACAAUUCUCAUAACACUGCCACAACAACAUCUUUUACUAGCGACCAAAUUCAGCCAUCGACUAGUUCUGUAACUGCCAAUUUUUCUUCGACCGUUAAUACAGUCAUUAGAGAGCCAUUACCUCUUAGUAUUUUAUCAAGACCAGAGAAAGCAAUAUCCGAAUGUAAAAAAAAUUCUGCGUUUGUAAGCUCUGAAUUGGACAGGUAUCUUGCCGGAGAAACUGAGUCUGUUAAUUCAAAUGCGGAUUUAUCCUUUUCAAAAAAUAAAGGGAUUCUUCCCAAAAGUGGGCCAUUUUUACCAAGCAAAACAACUCCUUUCUGUGAUAAAACUUACGCUUUUGAGGGGAAUGAAAAGUCAAACGAGAAAGCCCUUCAAAAGACAACUGGCAUUGUUUAUAAUACAAGAAGUAAAUGCAGCAGCAGUUCUGUUGCUGUCCAUGAUAGUGAUAAGAUUAUUGUUGAUAACCAUCUUCAUGUUGAUGUUUAUGACAUGGAUAAUGAUGCAAAUGAUAAAACUGGUAAUGUUACUAAUGACAAUAGAGAUAAUGUUAACAAAAUUACUGGCAAUAUUAUAAACGAGAAUCCUGAUUGUGUUACGAGUGAAAAUAACGACAAUGUCACUAAUGAUAAUUCCAAUAUUGUUACAAAUAAAAUUACUGUUAAUUAUACAAAUGAUAAUGUUACAAACGAUAAUACCUUUAGCGUUACUAACGAUUAUAAUGACAAUGUUAUUAGUGAUAAUAUCGAUAAUGUUACGAACAAUUACGCAGAUAGUGUUUGUAAUGAUAAUAUCGACGCUGGCAAUGUUAAUGUUAAGGAUACUGUUAAUAAUUCUGUUAAUAAUCAUAAUAAUACUGUUAACAAAACUUAUGAUGAUAAUAAUAAUAAUAAUAAUAAUAAUAGAGAAAACAAUCAUAAUAGUAAUAAUGCUGAAAGAUUAUCGUUGCCGUGUAAUAGUUCAUUCAAAGAUAGGGUUAAUUCAAGCGUUAAUGAAAACAAGGCAGGUAAUUCAUUUAGUUCAGCAUAUAACAAUCACCUGAUUCAGUUGGCUGCUGUAAGUAAACAGAUUUCAGCUAAUUUGCCUGAAUCCAGUCAGUCCAAGUCAUACUCUUCGGGAACUUCGAGUCUGUACGAACCAGACUUUGAUGAAGUCGAUGGCAUUCUGUUCAUGUCCUUCCCUUCUGAGGAAUCUUUACAGGCUCACAUUGCUGUUGAACGUAAGGAUAAGUGGGAAUCUACCACCGGUCAUAUGUCCAGUAUUUCUAAUAUACUCAGUUUCCAUCGCUGGAAGGAAACUCACCAGGAGGAGAAGUUUCCUAGGCCAGCAUUCGACAAAAACAUGAACCUUCGGGGCUUGCACAUGCGAUUGAAAAGAUACUGCAAACUUCUACGGUCUGAAUGGCUCAAAAUUAAACAGAAGAAUUCAACCAGAAACAACCACAGAAAAGCUUUCAAGUUCAGUCGGUUCCAGAUGGCCACGAGAAGCAAGAGAUGGACCAGGACUAACAGUGCUCUUUGCGCAGGCAGGAGCUUAGCAUCGCGGAACAAAAAUGCUGGUAAAUUUCAGAAACUUCACUGGCGAACGGAGGCUCGGAUUCUUCGAGGUUUGAAACCGGAAGAAGUCCGACAAAUGGGAAUGAAGAAGAAACGUAGAAAGAAGUUCAUUUUUACUCACCGCAAGGGUUGCAAAAGACAGGAUGCUUCCGGAAACGAGGACUCUGAUAGUGGCAGUAGCAAGAAUUCUAUGGAAGAAGAUGCUGUCAGCCACACAUCGGUAGUAAAAGAGGUGAAGGAAGUGAAAUGUGGAAAGAAUGGUUACAUCCAUCCUAUGCGCAGCUGUUGCAGAAGAGAGAAGGUGGUAUCAGUUGAAGAGAAGAUGUCAAGAGCUGUUAGAAGUUGUAAAUCUCAUUCUGAUGAAGAAAAACCUGUCAUUGAAAAAUCAGCUCAUUUGUUGUAUCAAUCAGAUGAAAUGCAUGCCAUUAGGAAACUUGGAGAAUUUGAGCUGAAUGAACCUUCAAUACGGAAAAGGACAAGAAGUCAGGUAGAAUAUUUCAAAGACCAACAAACAAAGAACCAACGUCCCAACAAUAGUCUGCCACUGACUACUUUUACUCAAAGUAUGGCCCAGGCAGCCACAUCAGCUCUCCAUGACAACUUCAUCAGAAAGAAUGGUUCUGCUGCCACAUUGGCUGCUUUCUCUGAUGGCAAACACGACACAGAUAUGUUCACACAGGUGGACUCUGUGAUGGAUGAGAAAAGGAGAUUGGAGGAGGCUUCACAGUUGAUACCCCUGGGAGGCUGCAAAGGUUACAAAGAAAAACACCCCAGUCAAGCACCUGCAGUCCGUCUCUGCAACACUUCCGAGGAAGAACUAGAUAAGGAAACUGUCCGCAUUCUCCUGGCUCGUCAAAAGCUGAAAGCAAAAAAUGAGAAAUGUAAUAAACCAGGUUGCCGGUAUGGCUGUAUCUGUCACUUGUGUUGGAUUUCAGAGAAUAAUGAAGAAUUAACUAAGCCUUGUGCAAUUUCUACUAAGGCCUGUGAUAAAGAAUAUUGCCGUUUAGGUUGCAUCUGUGAUAACAAUGAAAAUACAAAGUUGAAAGUAGACUGUGCGAAACCUUGUUGUGAGUUGACGACCUGUUGCUGUGAUUCCCCCACUAAGAACUUGCCAACCGAGUCCAAGAAAUCAAGCCCCCCUAAAAAUUUAGAUUGCAACAAGAAUGAAACUGCUAAGAGUCCGUUGACGUCACCUGCAUCUAACGAGUGUGUCGAUGAGAAUUCUUGCUCUUCUGUGCAAGACAAAGACAAGCUAACUUCUGCUGACAAUACACCGUCGAACAAAGAGGAUACCAGUUCCAACAAAAGCAAACUUCCCAAGAAGGACAAAUAUGCUUCGCUCCCCAGACGGCAAAUGACUCAUCGAACAGCCAAGAAUUUAGAUGCUAUCAGCAGAAAAGCGAUGAUGUUUUAUGAAACGAGUGAAAUGUAUCAUUUGAAAAAAAAGAGGAAUCAAUCUUCAUUGCGCUCACAUGUUGCUGGAUCCAGGAGAAAGUUUUCUUGUAGGAGCACAAAGUCAGUGCGAGGCAAGGCUUCUGGCAGUGAGAAGGAGAAUUCCAAAUCUUCAACACCAUUUAAACGAACAUAUUCUCUUCGAGGAAGCAGCAACAGACAUCUGAGUACUGAAAAUAGUGAGAAAUCAAGUGAGCACUCUGGCCACACAUCAGAUCCUUAUGCAUACCCUGGCCAGAGUAUAGAAAACUGUGUUGUUGAAAUUGACCAAGUUAAUGGUAACAAGCACUGCAAGCAGUUUGGUGUUGUGACAAGGAAAAUGGUACCCAAGGAAGACACAGAAAACUAUAAUGUUGGGAAUAAAGAAUUACAGCAAAAUGCUAAGGAAACAAGCAUAGCCAAAAGAUUGCGUAUGGCCAGUAGAAAGCCCGUUUAUCACAAAAGUUGGUCUCUAAGAUCGAAACAAGUAAAACUGCUGGACACACGUAGCCAGUCAAUGAGACAGAGUGACCGAGAAAUGAAGGAAGGAGCCUACGUUACUCAGUCUGGCUGGCUGCUGAGGUCAAAGGAGAGAUUGGCAAAGGCAGUGAAGAAAGAACCAGUACAAGAAAUACCUGUUAGAAGGUGCCAUACUCGAUUGUCCGAAGCAGGAAAUGAGAAAAUAAAAUCUGAAUACAAGAGACCUAUGAAAAUUAGGUCCAGAAAAGCAAGUUCAGGUGUAACCUGCACUGAUAAAGCAGUCAAGAUGAGGAUGAAGACAGAAAUAAGGGAGACCCCACAAACAUAUCACAAAAUCUUACCCACACUUUACAACAAUAACCAAUCAUUAAACCAUGUGACGUCAAAUGAUAAGUCCCAAUCAUCAUCUCCAAACACAUUCCAAAACUCUGGAAUAGUAAAUAAUUCUGAUUUGGUUUCUGCAGUUUCAGAAUAUGAUGAAAACGCUGUCGUUCCUAAUUCUUCUAGCAAUGUCUCCAACCAUCAGGUUCAGUUGGUUUCCAUCCCCUUUCCAACAAAACAUACAAACCAAAACCCCGCAGACAUUUCUGAAUGGAAUUCCGAUGUAGUUGCACUUCCUUUGUCAAUUCCAAGCAACACCUGUUCAGUGUCCGAUAACUGUGCUAUGGAGAAUUCCACUUGCAAUUUACCAAACUCUUUGAGAAGCAACAUUGUUGUUACGGCUGUUGAUCAAAAUAACACGGAUGUGAAUGACAUGGCAUCAACUAAUUCACAGCUCCUUCCUCGGAAUUUGUUAGCUGCUGAAAGCAAACAGGGGUUGGUUUUAAUACCCUACGACACCUCACUUUCUAGCAGCGAAACUAUAGUUGCUGACCCAUCUACUGACAGUCCCGAUGACAAACAAUGUGUAACUAGAACAGGUAUAAAAGAAGAUAGCCAUUUGGCUGAUGCUGCGAUGAUAGCAUCUAGCCAACAACAUGAGAACUUGGAUUAUAAAUUUUCAACAGAAUUACAUCAGCUGAAAAUAGAAAAAGUUGAUCCAAAUUCAGAAUCACAGUCACUGAUAAAAUACAAACAUAUGGACAAUCUAAGUUACAAGACUGAUUCAGGAAUCGGUUCAGCUACAUCAGUGCCAAAUGACGUCUAUUUGGAUGUUGAUUGUUAUGAAGACAUAAUUGUCGAUGAUGAAGGAUACCACAAUGCUUGCAACUCUAGUUCCGCAAAAGACAAGAGAAACAGCAAAAGGUUCAGGAAUGAUAUCCAGCGUUCACGUCAUAUGUCUAGGGAACGGGAACGUCGUCUUCAAAUACUGAGCAAAAUGACCAUGUUACAGUUGGUAGUGUAUGAGAAUGAUCCAGAGAAUAGGAAUAAGAUUCUUCCAAAGCAAGUUAUUUUGGAUACAGCAAUAGAACUCGUCCAUACCUUAAAGAUUGGUGAAGAUAGUUUAGUAUCACUGAUAAGUUGUUUGUAUACAAAAAAUAACUUUCUCUGGGAGAAGUUAUCAAAAGUUAAAGGAGAAUUAUAUGAAAUCGGUUACGUCGAAUCGGAGAUCAAUAAAAUUCUUGAUGACGCUGGCUUACCAUUUGACAUGUACAAACCUCCAGUGAUAUCCACGGCACAGACGUAUGAAGACAUGGGAUCUCCUCUCAAGUUCGUUCCAUCAAAUCAUCCCUCAACUUUCGAAUGUCAGAUAAUCUCUGACGAAGACUGCGACGUCGAUGUGGUCUCCGAGACCACAACAGUUCCUCAGAACCAAAUCCUGAUGGCACAGUGUCGCCAACCUACACCAAACUGCAAUGAACCUAUUAGCAAUGACGAUGAUGUCAUUAUACUCUCACCAGAAUGGGACGCAGAACAGAAAAUACCAGAAUUCGACACUAAUUCCUCCACACUUAUGAUUGAUAGUGUUUUCAGCCUGGCUCCAGAAAACUACGAGAACUUCAGUACGUCAUAUAACAUCCCUGAUGAUACACAAAUCAUCCAACCGGAUUAAAUUUUCUAUGCAUUGGCCCCACUGUUGAGUGACGUUUUUUUUCCAAGUUUUACAUUUAGUGUGUGAACAAGGAAUAACAGAGAACAGCUUGCAUAUGUAUAACGUACGCAAGCACCUACCAAAAAGUAGAAUAUUAACUGACCGAAUACAAAAUUCAUGCCACUGCAUUCUGUGAGUCUUAAGAAGUCAUAAUAUUGUAACAAUUUGACGUCUCUCCUUGAUUAUAUAUAUGUGUAUAUAUGUAUAUAUAUGAUGUUAAAAAGGGCAGGAGAGACGGAAGAUUUACGGAAGUUCAAUUAUAAAAACAGCAGGUUACAACCACUUUCAUCAACUCGUAACUCGCAUUCAUCCAAGUCAUUAAACAUUAAACUAAUUGUGUUAAUUGUAAAUUUAAAAGUAAAAAGAAAAAAAAAAAACUAAAACAAGUAAAAACAGAAUGCAAACAAUUUUAUUUAAAUUUUUUUUGAUUUAAGAGGUUAUUUUUCGUAGUUCUGUAUUUUUUUUUUUUUUUUGUAAUUAAAUAUUUUUUAAAUGUGGAUCUGGCAGCAAUAUUAAUGAAUGGAUAAACUGUUAAUUACUCGUUAAAGACCCCGCCCCCAUUAUCAUUGUUUAAUAACUCCUCAAAAAAAAAUGCUGUUAAUAAUCUGAACUUUUUACUCAUCAAAACUCUUUGUUGCUAUAAAGAACUGCUCUAUUGUUAUACACAACACCUCAAGGAUUGCUCACUCAUUGCUUCAAGGACUGUUCUUCAUCACACACCAUUGCCACAAGGACUACACUUCAUGACAGGGAAUGUCUCCAUCAUAUACACCAUUGCUACAAAGACCUCCUUGUUACCUACCAUAUACACACCAUUCCAUACAAAGGACUCCAUUAUCCAUCAUAAACACACCAUUGCUGUAAAAACUCUCAGAUCAUCAUCAUCAAGGACUCUACUUCAUCUUCUCCAAUAUAUCAUCAUCCACACCAUUUCUAUAAGUAUUGUUCUUUACCAAACCCCUCAUGCUACUCUCGCAAGGAGUUCUUUACUCAUGAAACAUUUAAUUACUGUUUAGUAAACUAAACAGUUUCACUGUAUGGUGAUCGUUACAUAACUUUAGUUAAAAAUGUUAAUAAAAGUUUGCAGUUUCAGUCUGGAAACUUCAACAACAUACAUACAGCAGUAGUAUAUACUGUAAUUUAUUAGCAGGAAACGUUUGUUAAAUUAUAAAAAAGAACAAAACAAAAUAUUUCUCUUAGCUGUUGUCUUUUAUUAUUUCAGUAAGUUCUUGGAAUUUUCAAAUAAGGGGCUUGUAAAAAAAAAACAAAAAAUAAAAAUCCAUGCCCUGCAGUUAUUUUCAAUGGAUCUGGGUUAAUCUUUGGACAAUAAUGCUGGAUUGUGGUUGAUGUUGUAGUGAAACCACACACAGCCCCCCUUGUAAUAUCAGAAUACACCAUCAGUAGAGUUUUAGGUUCAGUUUCUGUCCUUACAUCUUGUGUUCCAGCGGCUAAAAUAUACCUCCUCCCCCUCCCCUUGCUACUGUUACAACUACCACCACCACCACCACAACCAUCACCACUUCUUUGCAUUCCUCUUUCUCUGUUCCCCCCCUUUUGGCAUGUAAUCACUUGUUCAGCUUUUCAACAGAAGUCCUUCUCUCUCUCUGUCCCUGUCUCUCAAACACCAGUAAUUUCUGGUUGUAAAUGCUAGGGUAGAUAUACAAGGCUCUGAUAUUAUAAUUCUCUGGCAUCAAGCAUAACGAACUAUUAUUAUUCAUGCAAGAAUUGCUUUUGGUUUAAAAUGCCUACUUAGGAUUCCUUUUACUUUUUAUAACUUGAAUUCUCUCAUCUAACAAAAUCCUUUUUUGUUUUUUUUUUCAAUCCCAGGAAAAAUAAAUAUGGCAGCUAUCUUUUUGUUUCCAGCUUCAAUUUGAAAAACUGAAAACAAAUUUUAAAAAAAUCAAGGCUUUAAUGUUAUUCAUCUACAUUUUAGAAAAUUGGAAAUAAUCUUCAAAUUAAUAAUAUAUCAUACUCCAUCGAUUUAUUUUCUUAGAUUUGAUAAUUCUCUUCUUCGUACUCUAUAAAUAUAACGAAAGGGAAUGGAGAGAUGAACGCUGGAGAGUAUUGGACAAAAAUACUUCACCAUUUUAGAAUAUUAUCUCUCGAGUCUGUUCUGGUUGGAGUAUCUUGAAUAUGUCCAGAUCAGUAAAAUAUCAGUAAUAUAUUGAGUUCAAAUUCAGUCAAGUAUAUUAAUGAAAGGAAAUGAAUAUUGGUAACAGUGAUUAACACCAUGAAGCAGAGUUAAGCUCUCUCUAUGAAGUGAAGAACUGUUAAAUGAAUAAGCAGUGGAAAUUAAAAGUAAAUACACC